AUGCUCUCGUUUUGUUCCUCACCCUUUCUUCUCCCAAACCCUAGAAUUCAAAAUCUCAAAAACUCAAACUUUCAUCCCCAAAUCCCAUCAUCAUCAUCAUCAUCAUCUCCAAUGUCUUCUUGGUCAUGCCACAAAUGCACUUUCCUCAAUCCUCCUUGUCAAAUUUCCGAAUGCCAAAUCUGUUCAUCUUCACCCCCACCUCCAUCUCCACCUCCAUCUUCUUCUUCUUCAACUUCCCCUAAAUGGUCCUGCAAAUCAUGCACUCUCUUCAACUCUUACAAAAACUCCACUUGCCACCUGUGCGGUACUCGAAGCCACGCUCUUUCCGUUUCCACUUUUCACGAUUUGACUGAAAUCGAACACGAUGAUUCCGUUGGCUCUGUUUUCUUGCCUCUUCGAUCUUGCAAAAGGAAAGCCACCGAUUCCUCUCAAGAUUCUGUUCAACAACCAGAUUCUAAGCGUUCCAUUAACCGCGUUGAUCUCACUGAGAAAGAUGAUUCUGGGAAAGGGUUUAGUUCGUUGAAGAUUUUGAGUUACAAUGUUUGGUUCCGUGAAGACUUGGAGUUGCACAAGAGGAUGAAAGCUAUUGGUGACCUUGUUCAGUUGCAUUCCCCUGAUUUUAUCUGUUUUCAGGAGGUUAUUCCUGAUAUAUAUGACAUUUUCAAGCGAUCCUCUUGGUGGAAUGUUUAUCAUUGUUCAGUUUCUUCUGAGAAGGCUCAUUCAAGAUCCUACUUUUGUAUGCUGUUAAGCAAACUACCUGUGAAAUCUUUCUCCACCAAAUCAUUUAGCAACUCUAUAAUGGGAAGAGAACUUUGCAUUGCUGAAGUGGAGGAUAUGAGCGGCAAGUCCUUGGUUGUAGCCACCAGCCAUCUAGAAAGUCCCAGUCCAGCCCCUCCUAAAUGGGAUCAGAUGUUCACCAAGGAACGAGUGGAGCAAGCUAAUGAGGCUCUGGACAUUCUCAAGAGGUACCCUAAUGUUGUUUUUGGAGGUGACAUGAACUGGGAUGAAAAAAAGGAUGGUCAAUAUCCUUUACAAGACGGGUGGGUUGAUGCGUGGUCUGAGCUGAGACCAAAUGAAACUGGUUGGACGUAUGAUACCAAGUCAAACCAGAUGUUGACAGGCAAUCGUAAUCUCCAAAAACGAUUAGAUCGGUUUAUUUGUCAUUUACGUGAUCUUAAGAUAAGUAGUAUUGACAUGAUUGGGAUGGAUGAAAUACCUGGCGUAUCACACAUCAAAGAGAAGAAAGUGAGAAAUGAGAUCAAACAACUGGUACUCCCUGUUUUGCCCAGUGAUCAUUAUGGUCUCCUUUUGACAAUUUCUAGCAAGUAA